AGAGAAGAGAAAAGAAGAAUGGCGUCUACGAUUUCUCUAAAGGCAAAGGGAAAGAGCUCAAAUAAGAAAGCAGAAGAUCGAUCAGCGAUCGAUUCUUUGAAGGAAUGGACAACAUGGGGUAUUAAGAAAACGAAGGUUAUCGCUCACUAUGGUUUCAUUCCUUUGAUUAUCAUCAUCGGUAUGAACUCUGAUCCAAAACCACAACUCUCCCAGCUUCUCAGCCCCAAGUAAUUGACGUGCGCAUUU